GAAGAAGAAGACACAGGCUUCAAAUAUUUUCUGCACCUCAAAAUUUUCUUAGUAUUUGGGUAUGGAAAUACCUUAAAUUACCUAUUACAAAACAAUAAAAAGAAGGGUGGAAAAACCUCACUCAACGGAAAAACAGUAAAUAUGAAUCCUCAAAUUAGUACCAAGGAGAAACUUCUCUAUAUUAUUGAUGAUAUGGAACUUAUAUCAAAAGAAAUAAUUGAGAAUGCUAUAGCUCCUAAAACCAAUAAACUAUCUGGCCCUGAAUAUGCCCAACUUACAGAUCUUUUGGUGGCAAAAGAUAAUGAAUUAAAAGAAACUCUUAAACUUGCCUCAGAGCAAGCAAUGAUUAACAAAAAGAUGGACAUGCUAAAAUCAGAAGUGGAGAGACAGGAUCAAGACAUAAACCAACUGCAAAAACAACUCAAAGAGGCAGAACAAAUAUUAUCCACAGCUAUCUAUCAAGCCAAUCAAAAGUUGCAAUCUAUUGCCAGAGCUAAUAAAAGGCCAGUAUCUUCAGAGGAGUUAAUAAAGUUUGCACAUAGAAUUAGUGCUUCAAAUGCCAUUUGUGCUCCACUAACUUGGCAACAGGGGGAUCCUCGUAGACCUUAUCCCACUGAUAUAGAAAUGAGGUUAGGGUUCUUGGGGAGGAUAUCUGAUACAUCAAAUGGGCAUUUACUGCAACAGCAGAAUAGUAUGUCAGAUCUGCAUAAGUUGGGACACCCUGGAGAAAUUCCUGCAUCACAGCAAAACCAAUUUGCGUGGCAUCCAUCAGGAGAAAUGCAUAUUAGCGUUGGACAGGGGACUGUUCCAAUGGACACAAGAAAUCAUAAGCAAGAAACAGAAGAUGUUGAAGUUAUGUCAACUGAUUCGAGCAGCUCUUCUUCCAGUGAUUCCCAAUAAGGUUGAAGUUUUUAAUUAAUUUUACU